AUGUCGAGCGAAAAGCGACUCGGGAGUGACCCAAUUGCAGUCCAAGAUGGCCACUUGUACACCGCCGACCAAAUCUGCAUUCCUUCUACUUGCGCCGGACAUGUAAAGGGCAUUCUCAUUCCGCAGGGUUUGUUGCGCGACAGAAUAGAGAAGAUGGCCUACGACAUUCGCAAACACUAUAAAGAGGGCGAGCUCCACUUGCUUUGCCUUUUGAAGGGCGCUCGAACCUUCUUUGGCGACCUCAGUGCCUCCAUUUUCAAGCAGGGGAGCCUAGACAGCAGUGGCCGCAGCCUCGAGCUGUUUCACCACUACGUGCAAAUCAGCACUUACCGAAACUGCGCAGCAACUGGGCAGGUGAAGUUCGUGGCAGACCAGCUGACGUGCCUGAAGGGCAAAGACGUGCUCAUUGUUGACGACGUCGUGGAAAGCGGGAACACCUACAGACAUGUCCGGGAGUGGCUGGCCCAGUUCGAGCCCAAAAGCGUGCGAACUGUUGGCCUUUUGCAAGUCAGAGUCAAGGGAAAGAUGCCGCUGGUGGACUUCGUCGGAUUUACAGGACCUACGGAGUGGUUCGUUGGGUACGGAAUAGACUACAACGAUCGCUUUCGGGAAGUGCCUCAUGUGUGUGUUCUGAGCGACGAAGCGAAGAAGGCCCUCGCCGUGUGA